UGUUUCUAUAGAUGGCUUUUUCUCACAAGUCCUAUAAAGGAAUAAUGCUCUUCCGAGCUGUACUCUCCGUAGUGGUUGUCCAUUUCAUGCCACUGAACUUAUGUGCGCCAACUGAUUUUACCAACCAAAGUAGCUUCGUGCUAUGUGGGGACAAUGUUCUCAACUUUAGCCACACAAUCCAAGGCGCUCUCAUAGAAGCUAUUGGUAACUUCGGCCAUUCCCUCCUUCAAAAGUUAAACAACGAUACGAAUAACAUUGUCAUAUCCCCUCUUUCGGUGUACUCAAUAAUGGCAAUGCUUACGAUAGGAUCACAAGGCAGCACUAGAUAUCAGCUUGAGAAGAUUACGCGUCUUCAUAGACUGAACUGGACGACGAUCGUGGCGGCAGGGGACUACUUGGUCAAUAUUCUGGAUAAUUACCAAUCGGAUUUUCGACUGAACCUUGCCAAUCGCGUGUAUGUCACUGAGGAUUUGAUUGUCCCACAACUCUUUUUGGAUUCUACAACAUUCGGUUUCGGUAGUAAGGUAGUUUUUAUGGACUUCAAGAAGUCUGACAACGUGGUGGCCGAGAUGAACCAUUUUGUAAAUUUAGCAACACGAGGAAAGAUUAAGAAGAUUGUCGAUGGACACUUCACCAAGGAUACGACGAUAGCUAUAGUCAGUGCUGUGUUCUUCGAAGGUGCUUGGCGGUUUCCCGUAAUGAAAUUUAACGAGCAAAUCAGAUUUAACGCUCAUUGUGAGUCGCCGAAAAAUCAUGCCAACUGGUUUAAAAUCAGUGGUCGGAUGGCCUAUGGAAACUCUUCGGCUGCUGACGCGUAUUUGUUAAGAGUACCAUACAAUACUGGCAUAAAGUCAGUUACCAAAGCUGAGUUGUUGAUAGCUCUUCCAAAAUCAGACUCCUGCAACAUUGAUAGAUGGUUGGAAAAACGACGGUGGAUUGAUGUUAUGCGAGCAUUUCACCAGACAGAAAUGACUAGUGUAGAGCUUCUGAUGCCAAAAAUUAACGUAGAGUGGGUUGGUGACCUUCGAGAUUCAAUCAAGAAGCUUGGAAUCCUCGUAGCGUUCGAAAAGACACAAGCAAACUUCAGUAAGAUGGUCCAACCAGCAUCGAACGUAACAACAACACCACUAACAUAUCUCAAUAGAAUCUUCCAUCGAACUUCGUUGAGCGUGUCGGAUUUGGGCACGAGCGGAAUAACUGCCAACAGUAGACCCCGACGCGACGUAACGCAGGCCAGUGCUAUUCAAUUCGAGGUCAAAAGUUCUUUCUACCUAGCUGUUAUCGUCUCCGAGCUGGAAGAAUCAAAGGACCAACAUGCAUUUAAGUACAUGCAGGUUUUCGCUGGGCUGAUCAAGACUUUGACAUAAACGCUAUACAGUAUGCGCAAUACGAAGAAACAGAUUUAUUUUAAAGUGGAUAUAUUUCACUUUAAGUUUUAGUAAAAACAAUUCCCCUAAGUAUUGCUGAGAGAAAAUAGGAGACAAAUUCAAAGCAAACUACGUUGCACACCAAAUGAGCUUUCUUCUUAUGGCUCGAAUCUUAUGCGUAAGAAACCGAAAUAGGUUGUAGCAACAGUAGCCUAAUUAUGAUAGAAUGAUGGUUAUAGCCCCUCUCUCUAUCUCCCUCCCUCCCUUCCACUCUCUCUUUAUAUGUAUGUGUCUCAUUUACAGAAUAUAAGCUGGAAGUGCACGCCUGGCAAUCCAAAAAGAAUUGACA